UUUACCGGUUGGCCUGUCUUCUGUCUGUUUUGAAUUUUGAUAAAAAAAUUAUCGUUUCGUAACAGAUAAACCAACGUGUCUCUUAGAUUUAGGCAUUUGUAAAAGUGCCUAUAUAUUUUUAAAUAAUGGAAGCCCUUAUACCAGUUAUUAAUAAACUACAAGAUGUGUUCAAUACAGUUGGAGCUGAUGCCAUUCAAUUACCCCAAAUAGCUGUUUUAGGAACCCAGAGCUCUGGUAAAAGUUCAGUGAUAGAAAGCCUGGUAGGUCGCUCAUUUCUGCCUCGGGGUCCUGGGAUAGUCACUCGGCGUCCUCUCAUUCUCCAGUUAGUCUACAGUCCAAAAGAAGGCAAAGAACAUCGCUCAGCUGAAGAAGGUACUCUUAAUCUAGAAGAAUGGGGAAAGUUCCUACACACAAAAGACAAAAUUUACACAAACUUUGAAGAGAUAAGACAAGAAAUAGAAAGAGAAACUGACCGUAUGGCUGGCAGCAACAAGGGAAUAUCUCCAGAACCUAUAAACUUGAAAAUAUAUUCAACCACAGUUGUCAACCUUACUUUAGUCGAUCUACCCGGUAUAACAAAGGUGCCAAUAGGUGAUCAACCAGAAGACAUAGAAAACCAAAUCAGAAACCUUAUUAUUAAGUAUAUCUCUAACCCAAAUUCCAUUAUAUUAGCUGUAACAGCUGCUAAUACAGACAUGGCGACUAGUGAAGCCAUCAAAUUGGCUAAGGAUGUGGACCCUGAUGGCCGAAGGACAUUGGCUGUUGUCACCAAACUUGAUCUCAUGGAUGCAGGAACUGAUGCAAUAGAUAUUCUGUGUGGGCGCGUUAUUCCGGUUAAACUAGGAAUCAUUGGCGUCGUAAAUAGAUCACAACAAGACAUUAUUGAUAAGAAAACCAUCACGGAUGCACUGAAAGAUGAAGCCACUUAUCUCCAAAGGAAGUAUCCCACUAUAGCAACACGUAAUGGAACUCCGUAUUUAGCUAAAACAUUGAAUAGACUACUCAUGCAUCAUAUAAGAGAUUGCCUACCAGAACUUAAGGUGCGUGUUAAUGUAAUGAUAUCACAAUUCCAAUCUCUUCUGAACUCCUACGGCGAAGAUGUGUCGGACAAGUCUCAGACGUUAUUGCAAAUUAUAACGAAAUUCGCGAGUGCUUAUUGUUCGACAAUAGAAGGUACCGCCAGGAACAUUGAGACCACUGAACUUUGUGGCGGCGCCAGAAUCUGUUAUAUAUUCCACGAAACUUUUGGACGCACUUUGGACUCCAUACAUCCUUUAGUAGGUUUGACCCGCAUGGACAUUUUGACCGCGAUCCGCAACGCUACAGGCCCUAGACCGGCUUUAUUCGUCCCUGAGGUAUCUUUUGAGCUUCUAGUAAAGCGACAGAUUAGAAGACUGGAAGACCCGUCGUUACGUUGUGUUGAACUGGUACACGAAGAAAUGCAGAGGAUCGUUCAGCACUGCGGCACCGAAGUCCAACAGGAAAUGCUACGUUUCCCGCGCCUGCACCAGCGCAUCGUCGACGUCGUCACCCAACUGCUGAGGACUAGAUUGCCCCCGACCAAUUCUAUGGUGGAGAACCUGGUGGCUAUCGAGCUUGCGUACAUAAACACGAAGCACCCCGACUUCCACCGCGAGGCGGCGCUGGUAUCCGGCCUGCUGAAGAGCGGCGACGACGACCACAGUCCCGUCUACAGACACAAGACUCCUAGGCCUUCGCCCUCACCGGUAUCCAACUUGAUCAAAAAUGUUCCCGCUAUAACCGAUGGUCACGAGAAAUCUCCACAAAACAUCAGCGAAACACCGUCGACCCCACAGCUCAACGGAAUGCCAGAUAACAAGGCACUGACUCCUCAGAAGCCAGUGAACCUUCUGCCCGAAGUACCGAUCCAAACAUCACGUAAACUGUCAGAACGUGAACAACACGACUGUGACGUCAUAGGUGGACGGAGCGACAACACAACAGUCUUAAACAGUAACGUAAAGACAGUAGACGGCAUCAACGUGAUGCAACUGAAUCAAAUGGGUGAUUUAGUUGAGAGACUGAUCAAGUCUUAUUUCUACAUCGUCCGGAAAUCCAUUCAGGACUCUGUACCAAAGGCUGUUAUGCAUUUCUUAGUGAAUUUUGUGAAGGACAAUCUGCAGUCCGAGCUCGUCACUCACCUGUACAAGUCUGACCAGGCCGAGAGCAUGCUCAACGAGUCUGAGCACAUCGCACAGCGGAGGAAGGAGGCCGCCGACAUGCUAAAGGCUUUACAACGUGCCGGUCAAAUCAUAAGCGAGAUCCGCGAGACGCACAUGUGGUGAUGGUCCUCAGACGAACGAGACUCUAGUCUGUGAAAUAGUGAAAUGAGCGGACAGCUCUGUACAUAUACUGUUUAGUUUAAAAUCACAUUGGAUAUGUGUAUAUUAGCCUUUUUUUUACAUGAGACAUACAUUUGCUCUGAGGUUCUGCAGCUCUCUUCAACGUUACAAAUACAUGACAAAUAUGUCGAGAACCAAAAAAAAAAUGAAAUGAGUCCGAGCAGAAAUUAAUUAAGCAAAUGCAUGUCAAUUUUUAAUUGCCGGUGUGACACGAUUUAUUUCUUGAUAAGAAGAGCACCCGUAUGUCUGUGUGCUUAGUGCGAGUUUUUUAACUUCUCGAUCAUGUAAAAGUUAACUCAGAAGGGUGGCUCAUUUGCGUUCUAGAUGUCCAUGGGCUCCAGUAACCACUUAACACCAGGUGGGCUCGUCCACCCAUCUAAGCAAUAAAAAAAUCUUAUUUGUAUGGAACAGCGCCCCUAGCGGUAAACGUAGAGAAAUUAAAAAACUCGCAAUAAGUAUGCGUAGAAUUUGUGUUUGUAUUAUGUAAACGUGCUUCGGUUGACUUGUUUGUCGUAACAUUGGUUUUGGAAACCCUCUAGGGUAGUCUGAUGUUAUAUCGCGUGUAUUGUUAUUAUUGAAUGUUGCACGAACGCACUGUAUUCCUAUCGUCAGUUACCAUUUCAUUGCUUAUGCACGUUAUAUAGAUAAAAUGAACUAUACUCACAUAUAAAAAUGUAAAUCUGUAGUUUCCUUAAACGGUGAUAUUAUUUUUAUUGUCUGUACGUGUCUCGUACCGUUUUUGAUUAUGUUAUAAAAAUGUAGUGAAAGUCCGAUGUGGACUCUUAUUAAUCUGUUUGUUAACAGGGUAGAAAGGUCAAACAGCACUGAAUGACUACCAAAAUGUAUUAACAAUGAAAUGCGGUUUAGUAAUAACGGAGUAGUUCCUUGUACUACGUUUAUUUAAUUUUUCGUAUCAGUCAUUAAUUCAUUCAUUUUCGAGUCAUCAUAUUGUGUCAUGUCCAUUUUAGUAUAGAGCGUUUCAAUGUCGAACCUUUAUUUAUUGUUGUGGUGGUUCGUAGUCGUGAUCCGCUUUAUGUGUUGAACGAAUCGAAUUUUACGAACAGUAAUUAUUUUAAAGUCUGUUAAAAUAUUAAAUUAGGUUCAU